UGCCCCACUCUGUGCGUUUGUUUGGGGUUGUGGGAUGUGCCUCCGGGUGUCUUACACUUCCUAGCGCUUUCGGGUUCUCUGUGAGAUUUCUAUGACGUUCACCCUUUAUGGAUGCUAUCCUGAGUGCAGUGUUUGGCUCUUGCUUGCUUCUGCUGCUGCUGCUUCUGCUGUUUGUGGUGCCAACGUUUGAAAGGUCAUGGGGUGGGGAGGCUCUGAAUGUCCCAAGUGCCUUUUUGCCUUGUAAAGAGCUCCUGGGCAGUCAGCAAGUUGUCCGUGUGUGCUUUGACCAGAAAACCUGCUGCGGCACUACCUUGAGUUUCGUCCUGGUUUCUUCCCUAAAGAGAAUUGUCGACUGUGUUAUUGUUAACAGUGUGUCCUUAGGAACAGGGUUCUAGUUCCCUCUGUGGAAAGGAGUGUGUAGGGUUAUUUAUACUCAUUGUUCUGUUACUUUCACCCAAAUAGUUCGGUCAAAGGCUGUACUCUAAGCUCGGAGUACUGGCCACUGACUUUGUAACUAUGUAGCCAAACCGUGCGGUUUUUGGUGACUGUGGACACACUCUCUACCUUUGCUCUCUCACCUAUUGCAGCUAGAGCCCUGAGAAUGUUAGCACUUCGCUAUUUAGCUUGCCGGGGCAGCUGGAAGAGGAGUUAAGUAAGAAAUGGAAAGCAUAUUAAGCUUGUGUUCCUGAAAUGCGAGGAUACGACCGAGGGGGCCGUAGGGGCAACUGUGAAGCCAACUGUGGCUUAACAAUGCUUGACUUGGGCCAUUUGGACCCCUGCACUCUUAUUGGUCAUUUUCUUAAAGUCUGUGGUUAGAUACUGUCCCGGAAAACCUGCCCCGGUGUUAUCUCGCUUAGGCAUGGAGGCCUGGGUUUUGCUUGUCUGGGAUGCAGUUGCUUUGGGGUAACGUCUGGGAACUGAUGGGUAUGUGUUCACCAGGCACAUUGGUUGGGAGGUGAGAGUGGUGUUUCUGUGAACUUAAUCUUUAGAUUUAUUCCCUAAGUUGUAGCAUGCAGAUGUAGCAUGCAGAUGUAGUGUUUCUAUUAAGCGGUUGUGGUGAUGUGAUUUCUUCUAACUAUGCUUCUUAUGUGAUUUUCUUUUCUUUCUUUUUUUCCCCCCUUUCUGGCUGGAAUGAUGCUAAGAAGUCUCCUGGGAAUUACUUCUGCAUGAAACAAUUCCCAGUUCUCUGACUCUUUAUUUUCAACUUCGGGUGCUCAGAAUUAAAGUUGGAACGAACAUAGGAGUAAAGUUCUGAUUGUAAACAUUGAUGGAGACAGAGAAAGGUGUAGGCUACACUGUCAAACUUGCAAAAGGCUACUGAUUACUUUUUGAAUCCAAAUCCUCUUAGCCUUUUACAUUGAUGAAUUUAAAUUAACUUAAAAAACAUCUCAGGGUUUGCUUCUGACUUUAAAUGUGUGGUUUCACAUAAUUUCUACUAAAAGACAUUUUGAAAUCUUCUUAUUACUUAGUACAGUGGGGCAUUUACUUUUGUUGCCAAUAGUCUUCAAAUUGCAGCUCUAAUCUGCUUUAACUAUCUGGAUGAAUUGCCCUAAUCCACUGCUCACAAUGCUGUGGUUAAGGAGUCAGAGCUAUUUGAUUGGAUCCACUGGCUGCUGGGAAUGUGGGAGGUUCUGGCCUUUUGCAUUCCUCUUAGCCUUUUAAUCUUCCAGCCAAAUGUUCACAUUCAACAAUUUUGUUUAGCUGGCAAUCGGAACAUUUCAGGAUCUCAAAGGCUGCUGUCAUGGCAACUGAGAUUAGUGCCUGGUGUCGGUUCUCCAGUUUGUGUUCCUUUUCCUUCCCAGUCACAGAGGGAAGUGGUUGAAGAAUGAAGGCGCUGAAUUAUUCACACGCAUGCAAUGCGUCUUCAGGCAGAGCAGUAAUAAGUGGCAUCGUAGGAAUUCCACAAAUGAAGAGCAAACAAGUCAUGCUGGGGGGCGGGGGUGGGUGGAGGUGGGGGAGGGAACAGAGAGAACCUUGCCUUGCAGUGUGGAAGCUAGACACCAACCUCAGCCACCAGAGUUGGCCCAGAAAUCAUUUUAGGAUGGUUUCAUGGCCCUGGAGCCUACACUGCUAGCCACUCUUGUCAGGCUGAGAUGUUGGCUUGGGAUCUUAAACAUUGUUUCUUAAGCGCUGUCCUCCCCAUCCCCCAGAAGACUUCAUAAUACCAUCCUUGCCUCUCAGAGAUGGCAACUCCCUGGCAUGAAUACCACCCAGGGAAGGAAGCCUAAUUUCACUAACUAAUGGUUCUAUCAAAUUAGGCUUUUUAGACAAUGCUUCUAAAUGGCAGAAGGAUGCCUGUUUAGGAAGCAAGAACUUAGUAGGGCACACUUCCCUUGAAAACAUGCUUCACAUCUGAGGCAUCUUUAAAGAAGUUUUUUAAGAAAACAUUCUAUAUGUUUUAUGUUCAACAUAGUUGAAGAACCAGGCUACUGGAGGGUAAGUACCUUCAGAGUGAAGAAGGCAGCAAUCACGUGUGCGGGGAGAACACUUUUUUUUUCCUGGUUGGAAGGUGAAAGGAGAUUCAUAAGACGUGCUGUCACUGGUUAAUUUUCACAGCAUGCUUAAACAUCUAUAUUUGGUCUGUUUCUUCUGUUUCUUCACUACGCAGAAUCAUGUAAAGCAUGAUAAAUUGGACCUUAUGAAACCUAAUUAAAUCAGUGAGUGUCUGGCUCCUUUAUGUGGAAACCACAAGUAUGUUGUAAAAUUCGCCACUCCCUUAAUACGUGAAAAAAAAAUCAAAACACACCAUAAUUCCAAGAUCUUUGAGCUGUAUUUCUAUAGCCCAUUUUGUGGUUAAGCCACCAGUGAGAUGUCUGCCUAAGUAGGUUUGAUGACUUGGCUUUUGGUUGUUGGAACCUGCCUCUCUGCCUUCCUCCUGUCUCUCAAAGCAGAAUGGCCCUGCAUUGAAACUGUUUGCAUAUCUCUCUUCAUUUUCUGACAGUUUAGAUUUAUCAGAGAAGAAACCAUUGGGCUGAUCUAAAUAGUUAUAUUGAGCAUUGUUACAGUCAGUGGGAUUAUUCAAUCACUAGAAUACUGGGAAACACACAAGAAAAACAAAACAAAACAAAACAGAGUCCUAAAACCAGAUAACACUUAAAACAGAAACAAAUGAAAGUUAGAUAGUUGUGUCUUUUCCAAGAAGGGUUAUUUCUGUAACAUCAUAUACAUUUCCAUGGGCCUUGUUCCCCGAAAGAUGGUCUCUAUCAACGGACCUGUCUAUAAUAAGAUAUUGUUCACUUUGUUUUAUUCUCUGGUAGAAGCCUUUUUACACGUCACUAGGGAAUCCUGACACAUUCUCUAAGUGUGUGUGAGCAGUUUAAGAACAUAUUUUGAUUAAUGACUUUUGUGGCUAUGUCCCCCCACUCCCAUAAUGUAGUGUGUCCUGUGAAUUAGGGAGUCCAUUUGAUCUAUGGUGGGAUGAAGGGCAGGAAUGUCACUUGCUUUAAUGAAACAACUGAGACCACUGUAGUUAGACAGUGUGCUGUUUUGAAAGUUACAUAUGGAUUUUAGAGGUGGCUUCCUGUCAGCACCGAUCCAGCACCGAUCCUCCUUCUAGUCUGGUCCAAUAGAUAGAUAUCCUGGGAGGGCGGCAGAGGGGCUGGCCAGAGGUGUUUGUGAGAACACAUGAAUCUAUGUACAUUUAAAAUCUGUUAAAAAAAUGAAAGAUUGAGCUAAAUAAAAAAAAAGAUAAUGUUCAGCCACUUUAAUAACUUGGCAAAUAGCCCGUAAUACUAGGGGGAGAAGGACAGGGGGUGGGAGUGGGUGUCCAAGUGUCUAAGGGUUAAGAAUAUGCUCUUCAAGUAAAAUUGUUUGGGUGCAAGAUGGUUUUAAUUAGAGCAUUAUAAAGACUUAUUUUUUCCUAAGCAGCACUUUUAGAGUUAGUAAACUGAGUGAAUGCUGAAAGGGCUAAGCAGAAAUCUCCCUAGCCACGGAGGUGUUCAAUAACCAGAUUCAAACAAGACGGAAAGUACCAUCUGUUCUUGGUUUCCAGCAUGGAACAUGGGGAUUGAAUGAAUGGCUGAGAUCUGCCCCAAUUUUGACGAUGUCUGUGCUUUUUUUAAUUUAAAAGAAAAAGUUCACCUGGUACUUCAUAGAAAGUUGAAAUUACAAUAAUCCCCACACUACUGUGAAAACACGUGUUCCCACAUUUCUUUUAACCAGUUCCACUUUUUUCUCUUUUUGGAGGAUUUCCAGAAGCUCAGCCAUUGACCACUUUCCUCUGGGUUAUUUUGUUUCUACAGGCCUUCACAAUGAGGGGGUCAGUUCUUCAAAGAUCUAAAUGAUCCUGUCAAUUUUCUUCCUGGAGGCUACAGGGGAAAGGCUCCCCAGGGCUAACCCGGUCAUCACUCUUCAUUAAACUAAUUUUGCGUGAUAGUGCUAGGAACUAGUGUUUACUAUACACAGACUAUACUCUCAGAGCCACCUUCUAGAAUCCCGGAUAAACAACAGCACACUUCUUUAAGGAUAACUUUUGAGUAUUUGGCUCAGAGAGAUGGGUAUUCUUGGAUUUAGUGGGAACCCUGGGUAAAACAUUAUCCGGCCUUUGUUUGAGGUCUUUUAUUGAAGCUAAUGACUGGGCUUGUGCCUUCCCGAGAUAAAUGACAUUAUCUCUGAGUGGGCUGACAGGAAACAGACAUGUUAAUGGUGAAGCUGCAGGGGAGUAUCUGCUUGGGUUCUGACAAAGGAGUGGAGAAGGGACCCCUGGUUGUGGUCAUUAGCACAUAAUGCAUUCUUGCUCAUCCUAAGAGGCCCUUGAUAAUUGGAGAGCUAUUUUAGCUACGAGCACUUAAAUCAUACAUUUACUACCUUAGAGUAGCAAUGUAAAGUGUUUUUGUUAAGAGGUAUCUGCUUGGCCCUUUGAAGGUGGUGGCAGUUGAGGCUGUUGGUCCUGACAUUUGGGACAAGUGGCAGGUUGAGUCGUUUGUUUUAGAAUCAGGUGGGCACCCUCUUUUUCCUUCCACAUUGCUCAGCCAAUGCCUUCACAAGGCCAAAAAGAAAAAAAAGAAAAGUCGAUCCAAAGCUUCAGGGAAGUCAGUUUUGUAUUUGAAGAUGUCUCGUGGGAGGGGAAUAAAAAUCUCUUUUUUUAUAAGCCGGGAAAGAGAUUUUGUUCAGUGAUUUGAGUGUGGUGAAACCUGCCUUUUGAAGUGUAUGUUUAAAAAAGUCAUGGGUAUAAUUGAGUUUCAAUGCAAUUUAAAUUCUGCUGCUUGAACGAAGAUAAUUGCCACGUUGAACACACUCUAGAGGUGUAGAAGAGGUGGAGGGAUCAUACUCUCCUAUUCUCUAAUAUUAAGCAUUGGGAAGUUUGUCAUAGUAAUUACUGUAACACAACAUAGUUUUGAUUGCCAGAGCUCUCAACUUGCCAGCGAUCUGAACAUCAAGGGUAUAACUUGGAUACUAAACAGUUUAUUUCUAAGUCACUGGUAUAGUGUUCUUCUGUCAUGUAGAAGCUAGAACUGAGGGAAUGCUGGGCUACCCUUGGCCGCAACUUCACAGCAGAAUAUCAUUUGUUUGCUAGGAUCAUUACCAGUGAAUUGUACAUGCUUGAUUCUGGGUCACUGAGUAUGGAUGGAAUAGGGAACAGGUGAAAUCUGCUUCAGUAGUCACAGAGUAAGUAAUGUAAAGAUCAUAUUGGAGCCAGGGAAGGGGUCUUGCAUAGAGGUCUCAGACUCUAAGUGAUGUAAUUGCAUAUGUAGAUGUUGGAUUGGAAGUCUUAUGUGAUGUGAGCUCUAUUCUUAGAAUGCAAAACAAACAAGCAAACAAGAACAACAAACCAACAUUUUGAGAUGGCUCAAAGGAUAAAGGCACUAGUCACCAAAUUUCAGGAUCCAAGUUUGUUCCUUAGGACCCACUGGAGAACCAACUCUUGUAACUUGACCUCUGACCUUCUUCAUAUGCCCUGUGACAGGGGCACACACCUAUACCCAAGGGCAGACCAUGCACCUGUAAAUAGAUAAAUGCAUUUUAAAAAUAAAUAAAGGCAUCACUAAUUUUGCAUUUCACUCUGCUAGAGACAGAGACAGAGACAGAGAGAGAGAGAGAGAGAGAGAGAGAGAGAGAGAGAGAGAGAGAGCGCUCCUUCUGGGUCCAAUUCUGUCUCCCCACUGAAAUUUCACUAGUGACUGCCUGCUUUCUGUAACAACUUCUCAAUUCAAGCUAAAGGUUUUGGCAACUGUAACAAAGCCAUUGCGACUGAAUGAAAGGUUGUUAAAACCACUCUUAGCUGCCUGACCCGUAGUUGGGCUGUUUGUAAUGUUAUUUUGAGAGCUUCAGGGGAAUUCAAGAUGAUGAGUCUGGCACUUUGGAACCUGAAUGUUGCAUGCCUGCUGAAUUUUGCUUAGGAACACCUUUGGGGAUGUAGUAGAAGAGAUUAUGGAUUCUGCUUCAAGAAGUAAAGUGACCACAAAGCAAAUGCCUGAGUUUCGGUAGGCCAGUGGGCCUCAAACUAUAGGAAUCCCAUUCGAUAUUCAAGGAGUCCUUUAUCCCCAGGGAAACUAAGUGAAAAAUCUAAUAUCUAUGCUCUAGCUCUAAUGGAGAAUUCAACGGGUAGGGUGUUCGGAUUAGGACAAGUCCAUUUGAAAUGGUGAACAAGUGUCUGAAGACAGCUACAGUAUACUCAUAUAAAUAAAUACAUAUAAAUAAAUACUCAUAUAAAUAAAUACAUCUAAAAGAGAAAGAAAUGGUGAGCAAACAUCAUUGCUGACUUUUCAAAGCCUCUCUCUCUUCUCUGCCAUUUGGUCAUUGGAACCAAGUCUGAUUAUUAUUCAACGUGACUAUCAGCCACGUAGCUUUCUUCAUCCUGGGACUCUUCAGAACCCUAAGAAAAAUGUACAGUUAGGUAUAUCCCAAUGAUGCCUUAUGAAUGUAGGCGACACUGUUUAGGGGUAAAUAAAAACAUACUGAAUAUAUUUUUGUGUCGUUCAUAAUGGUCUUAGAAAGCACGCAUUUAGGGUUGAGAAUGGGCUUAUUAUGUUAACCAGAGAGCAGAUGGCACGGUGCCACAGACGUAUAAUUUUACUUAAAGGGACUUUUAAGGUUUUUGAUGUGUUUUCUUUUCCUCUUAUUUCCCCGAUGGCUUCUUUUUAUUGAAGGGUAACUUAAGGAGACCUGGUAGCAAUUUUACUGCUUCCCUUGACAGUUUGAAAUAAUAGCUUGGUCUUUGGUUGUACUGAUCUUCUACCAGUGAGCUUGAUUCUGGUUUUUGUCAUGUGGCAGCAAAUUUAUUUAUUUAUUUAUUUAUUAAAAAAAGUGUAAUAUGUUUUAAGAAAUGAACUCUUUUAUAUGCUUCAAUUAGCAACAGACGACCAAGUUCCAGUUGGUCACACUUUUGUAAACUCCUGGAAGUCAUUGCUUGUGCCUUUGAUUAAAGAGAACUCCUGAUUUGGUUGGAAAGCACAUCUGGCCUUUGGGACACUUGCUUUCCUUCCACCUCUGUGUCCUUCACAUUAGUCACUGAGGGUUCAAGGGUCAUGUCCAAGUUGUUCCUUGUACGUUACCAGCCUCUGUUGGAGGGCUGCCCUUUGGUUAGAUACUGGCCUUACCGCACCUCUGAAUUCACUGAAUUCACUGUUUAUGUUUCUGUGCAGAUUUUACAGUUUAGCUCAUUCUUCACUGAAAAUAAGAGGGGAAUUUGGAGAACAUUCCUCCCUCCUCCUCUCCGCCCCCUCCUUUCCUUUUUCAAACUGUGCUCAGCCAGACCGGCUUACUUUUGAAUUUCCUGUCAUCUCCUUCACCGAUUUUUAUGGAUAGCUCAUAUUAAAAACAAUAAUGUUUGACUUGGAAGGACUGAAACCUCGGCUUUUCAUUCUUCGCGGGGAACUGUUUAUUUGCAUGUGGCUCACCACGGUGCAUGGAUAACGCUAUCAAAUCUGGGCUUUCGCGUGGGCUCAUGGUCAGCACAAUGGCUCUUAGCUCUGCGUUCCCCGGUUCCAGUUCUUUUGUGAUGGAAAUGAAAUUAGGACCCAGUCUAGGAAGCAAAGGAGAAAACAGGCAACAGCAAAUAGAACCUGACCCUUGACCUAGUUCAAAAGCAAGCAGUGGUGAUGUAAUAAGGGGGGGGAAAAUCCCAGGGAGUGAAAGAGAGGGUAGUCCAUUUUAACUUGGUGCGAAGCUGUGUGGAGGUUGAGCGGAGCACAGAUGAAUGGUGGCCAACUGGUCAACCAGACAAACUGACGGCUUGGUCACUGAUGGAGAAGCUCUGAGCCUUGCCAGAUCUGUCAACUGCUGGAAGGGACAAUAUGAGCGAACUCUCUCUCAGAUGUGCUGGGGUUGCCCAAAGGGAGCAACAGGAUUUCACAAGGGAGCAAUUGGUCUCCCUCCACCCCCCAGGUCCAUGCAUCCAGCUCUGUUUGAGCAAUUUACAUUCCUCGCCCAAAUCCUUCCCCCACUCUGCCGUCAUGGCGAAGCAGAUGCCAGACUCUGAAGUCGAAAGCCCGCAGCUGUUUCCAUCACUUAAUGGCUCUAUCGGCCCUCACUAGCUGCUUCCCCUUUUCCUCCCCUCCCCCACCUGGUAAAGGAGGGCCCUCUCCCUUGACCUUGGGUCCCGACCCGUAUGUCAGUGUGCAGGUCCCUUUGUUUUUUGUGGGUGAUGGGUACCAGAGACCGGCCUGGUUCCCUGGGGGCGUGGCCUGGGCUCCUAGGGGCGAGCUGCUCGCUUCUGGACUUAGGGGACUCACCCUCCUUGCAGCCGGGGACCCGUUUAUAGCCCUGAGCACAGUAAAUCUGUCAGCUCUUCAGGACGCCUUCACCUCUUUCUUCAUUUGCUCCAGCUUCUAGUCUGACAACGUUCCCCGGAGGCGGAAUUCUAAUCUGCUUCCAAUUAGUUGUAAAAUGUGACUGAAAUUUCCACAUUAUGACUGCUGUUUUACUUACACGCACACAUCUAGAAACAAAUUAAUGCCCUUCAAUGUUUGUUUGUUUAUUUAUUUAUUUAUUCAUUUAUUUAUUCAUUCAUUUAUUUAUUUAUUUCUUAAGCCCUUGGAUUUACUGGAAGAGGAAGAGUUACCGACUGUUAGAAUGACUUCCAUGGGUCUCAUCUCCUCCACUUUUAUAGGUGGGAUAUAUUAAAAAUAAUAAAUAAAAUAAAAACAAGAGGACUCCUUCAGUUAGGAGUUCCCUCCCAGACACUCUUCAAGAGUUCCCAGAAUGUAUUGCAUAUGUUUAAGUCUUGCAAAGAAAAAAAAGUAGAAUUGCUAAAAUAAGCUAAGUAGGGACCCCUGUAGCGUGUUUUAGUAGAUACAAAUACAAAUUUACUUCUGAAUAUAGCACAGCUAUAUUUGGCCCAGACAGAUUGCUACCUUUUAAAAAUUAUUUCAUUACAUGGCCAAAAGCUGUAGCCCCUGAUAGAGGAAUUGGGUCGCCCUGGCUUGAAAAAAUAGGGUUGUGCUAAUAAUGUCCCUGAAGGCACUAAGGAAUACACUAAAUUGUGUCUGAGGCCGGGGAGCAAAACUUCUCAGGGCUCUUGGGUCCCCAUCCACGGAAUCCCAUGACUUAAGCCCUCAAUGCAAUGUCCAUGCAGAAGUGGUUGGCUCUCUGGUGGGAGGAAUCUUUACACAUCAGAGCUCGCUACUCUAUUUUCUCCUCUUAGUGAAUUUUCACGAAGUUUGUUGAUCCACCUGAUCUGUGUGAAUAUUGGAAGGGUUUAAAUCUUGGCCUUCAAAGAGACAUUAAGAACACGAUUUCAUUACAUCCCUUGGAAACUACUUUCUCAAACACUGUGCUGGAUAAUUUUCGUACAUCUAAUGGUGGACCCAAGGCUUAGCACUGGUGUAGAGGUGGUACUCUUGAUGUUAAAGGAUAUAAACAAGAGAAUUUAUUGGCACCUUUUAUAGUAGAGUUCCGUCCUCAAGCAUCUUGGCAGAUUGAUACAAACAGUAAUGGGCUUUAAAGAGGUGUGAAGGAUUUUAUUGAUGGUAAAGAGCUUAUGUUGAUCACGUCACUCUGUUAGUUUCUAAGUAACGCUUUCUUUGAGUAAAUAGAGGCAUCUAUUGUCUUUUCAAGGUCAUUGUCAUCUAAUAAUAAAAGACCCAUGUUGAUUGAUUUUCUUUUACCCUCCUUUUUAUGUGCUAUUUUCAAUCUCUGCAAUCAAGAGAAGUGUUUAUUUAUUUCACUGCAUUUAAACAGGUCUUAUUUUACAUUAUUUAUUGUAUAUGGAAUAUAAAUUACUUAGAUGAUUUUAUCAAAACUCUUAAUGUUUAUUAUCUAUGAAAUAGAAAUGGCUCAAAUAAUUUUUACAAAAGCCCUUUAUUUAAACUACUUACGGAUUCCAUAAAAGCAACAGGCAAGUCUUUUGUAAUGGCUUCCUUUCUUCUUAAUGUCUGGUAGCAAAAAAGAAAAAUGGGCAGAUUGAAAUCCCUAAAAUUUUUAAACACGGGCCUCUUAGAUUGUGGAAACCCCCUAGCCUAAAACACUUUGCUGUUGCCAUAUUGAAACCUCACAAAAGGCAAGACUGUGGUAGCCCCUCCAGUCCUGGGGUUCACUAAUUACCCCUUAAUGAGGUCAGUCUGCCCCAGUCGCAGAGGAGGAAAAACACACUGGAUAGUUGGAUUUCAAGUGGAUCUUGCCGUAUUUGCAACUUACCAUAACUGCUUUGAAGGCCCCCAGGGUGCUUAAUUGGGGCCUGGCAUUUGUGUUUGGGGGUGGGGUGGGGGUGGGGCUGCUGCACACAGCUAUUCAUUGUGUGUCUGGAGGCCACUGUGCAUCUUGGAAGCAUUUCAGGCUUUUGUUGAUGGUGCAUAGUUUUAUAAACUCUGAAUGAGCUUAUUACCUUUUAACCAUUGGGAGAGCAAAAUAGUGGGUGAACUUAGAAGUCUUUGGGCUGGUCAGCAGCCAACCUCUUAACCGCAGCAGCAGCAACAACAACAACAAGAACCACAACAACAGGGAUGAUGAAUGGUUGAAUUUUAAAGCAAACCAUUUGUUUCCCAAUCAAGACCUAACUCCUCACUGAAUCCUAUGGGCUGGAUGUGAGGCUGUACAGUACAGGAACCUAAGGCCCAGGAUUGUGUUUUUUGAUUAUGCUCAACCGUUUCCCUCACGUCUUUCCUUUGCAUGAAAAAAAGAGGCAAAAGGGAGAAAUUAUUUAGUUAUUUAAGGGUGAGGCUUCUUACCCAAGAGCAUGUCUUAAACUAUUAAGAAAUGAGGUAGGAGGUGGAAAUACAGGUUCCUUACCUGGUCAAGACAUUAAACCCUAAGAGAGCUUGGGGAAAGGCUUGAGGACUCUUGCUAUGUUUCGUUUUCUGUUUUGUUGAGAUGGUGGUGGGGAGGGUCACUUGGGGACGUGGACUAGGAGGGGAGCAGAAGAAAAAAGUCUGGGUAGUGGAGGGCCCUUGGUGCCCCAAAGUCCCACCCAACACAUUCUCCAGAAUUGUUGGGAAAUUUGUCAGAAACAUCCCCUAUUUAAUUGGGUAGUGACAUGGUUCUGAAUAGAACGGGACUCUCCAGGAAGGCAGUGAUGUGGUUGGUAUACAAUCAAGGGGCCAAAGAGCUGCUGUCUGGCAACCUAAAAUUGGUGUGAUUCUCUUUAGAAAAGGACAGAUGAACAUUUUUCUUAGGACAGUAAAAUACCAGAAACAAUAGCUUUUGUUCCCAUAUGAGCUGUAUGUAGUUCAGCUUUCUAAUCUUGUGGAUAAGAAGGCUUAGGAAUGUCUCCAGUAAACUACUGUUUUCCAGAAGUGUCAGGCUAAACACUUCCCCAUUCACUACUUUUAUUUUUACAUCAAUCUUGUGGGUGAGAGCUGCUCUUUUGUCUACAAGCUGCCACACUUCCUGAUCACUCCAGGUCCAAAUAUGUUUUUACUGCCUCUGAUCUCUUUGACCACAGUUAGAGCCGUCCCACUGGAACAUUAAAACCAUUCGUUCCUUACUUGGUGUGUUCUUUCCUAUUCUGUGUGUAUGAGUGUCUGGGCCGCAUUUGUGUGUGUGCGCACCAUGUGCAGACUUAAUGCCCCCUGAGAGGCAUUAAGAAGAAGGACAUUGGAUGUCCUGACGUUGGAGUUCGAGAUGGUUGGGAGCUGCCUUGAUGCUGGGAGUGAACCUGAGUCCUCCCGGAGAACAGCUGGGUGCCCCACAUGAUGCAUUUUUGAAAAAAUGGAACUUAAGAUCCUAAUCUGCUUCAGGUGACCUUGAUUGUUUUCUUCCUCAAGAUUUAGUACCUCUACUUCAGUAUUUUUAUCCCUUUGCCAUGGCAUGACUUCCUAUUCAAAUGGAACGAGGUGGCUUCAUUCGAUAGCUCUCUUCUACGGAUUUGUGUGUGGAAUGAAUAGGAUAUGAAAGAUCAGGUCUUAAUGGCUUUACUGUCAAACUUCUUAUGGCUUUUUAAAAAAUGUGCUAUUAUUCACAUCUGAUGCUUUUUCCUAGGAAUAUACAAAUGAGGGAAGUGACUGGGCUUUAUGUCUGUGAGAAUUCAACAUAACUUUUAAAAUCGUAGACUUAAAUCUUCACUUUUACCACCGAAGUACCAUUGUCUAUAAGAUGACUAAAUGAAAAUGUUUCUAAAUGUAAAGAAUUACUGGACCUGGUGCCUUCCAGUUUUAAUCCUUGCACUUGAGAGACAGAAGCAAGUCUAUGAGUUCUAGGCCAGCCGGGGCUACACGUGAGAACCUGUCCCGCACCCCCACCCCGAACCAAAACACUGAACCAUUUCGAAUGCUCAGAUUUGAUUCAAAUGCUUAGAUUAGACUCUUCAGGGAGCAUUUUUUUGUUUAAAUGUUUAUGUGUGCUCAGACAAGGUUUACUUCACACACCAAAAUGUAAGUGUGAAAAAAAUAUCUCCAUUCACCUGUGUGAAAGUCCAGAAGUAUCAUAAGUACGUCCCUACAGCUUUAACCUUUCCUGAGAGAAAGCUUUUGUCGCCAGUUGUCACUGCCUCCCUCCGUGAUGUAAAUACUUGCCAGGCUUUUAAGUCACCACCUAAACAUGCCCUCUACUCAGUUUGAUUCGCAGGUAGCAUAAAGAAUUGAGUCAGGCAGGUGCCGAGUUUUCUGCCCCUAUAACUUAAUAUGAGUUCCUCUUGGGUCUUGCUGGUCCCAGUGAGCCUGUUUUAUAUGCUAUUUAGAUGACUCCUUUUUGUUACCCGUAGAACGUGUGUGUGGGAGGGAACUAACCUAAGACGCUCUGAAAAUGAUUUUUAUAAGUCUGCUUACCCCAAGUCUAAUACUUGCUAUCGUAGCUUAUAUUAAAGGAUUAGGGAGCGCUUUGAAAGACUACCACGUGACUCCACAAGCUUCCUGCAAGAUCCGGUACAUUAUUCCCUGGGACCAACUAAUCUUUUCUGGGUACUGGAGCUAGUGCAGCUGUGGUUACUUCCACAGGCUAAUCCCGCUCACUUUUAAAGCGACAGGAGCUCUUACUAGCUGCGGUUACGUACCGGUCGGUGAUCAGAUAACAUGAGAUAAUUUGCUUUGCUAGAGUUCAGCUGUCUAUACGUAAAGACCCCGAGUUUCUGACAACUGUAAACACUGAAGAAGCUACAUGACUUUUAUACUCGAACGUUCUAUUUAUCCCACAUCUUUCCUAGAACACUGGACAACAUAAUUGUUCAAUUUUGAAAGGAUUUAUUCUAAUUAUUAAAAUUAUGUGUAUGUGGGGUGGUACGGGGUAUUUGGAUGAGAGAGAGAGAGAGAGAGAGAGAGAGAGAGAGAGAGAGAGAGAGAGAACUGGAGACACAGGUUGUGAGGAGCCUGGCAUGGAUACUGGGAGUCAAACUUUCAACCUCUGGCUGAACGGUAUGGCCUUUUAACUGCUGUACUUUUUCUCCAAGUGCUCAAAUUGCUUUUUAAUCUGGCGAGUAGCUUGCGACCAUAUACCAGUAGAAGGAAGGGGCUAAAUGGUGGCAAAGAAAUAGGUAAUGAUUUAUCUUUCAUCUGCCACAAAUUCUGAAAGCUUCGGUAGCCUCCCUCAUUUUGCGUAUACUGUCCUUUGUUUUAGGAUCUGAGGGAUGGAACUAACUGGGUAAAUAAUUCUGUGCAAUAAGUCGCCUUCAUGUUAUUUGAGCCCGAAUGUGCGUGCAUAAUUGGGAAGAUUAUUGGAGAGAGAGUGUUUUGCUGUGGUAGAUGUGGUUUCAAUCCUAGCGUUGAGCAUAGCAUUUAGUUUCUCAGCUUACCCACAAAAUCUGUGACUAAUUUAGUGAAUGUGAAGAUUUUUGUCCAGAUGGUUAGGUUUAAUUGUAAAAACUGGAAAGAUUUCAAAGUACCCUUUGGGGGAGUGUGGGAAAUGAGUAAACAACAAGAAAGAAUUAAAAGUAACGAUAAAUCACCAAAUAUAGAAUAUAUGCAUAUUUUAUAUUUAUAAACACACGCUUAUAUAUACUUAAACAUACACGUGUAUUUAUAUACAGGCAGAAAAAAGCUUAAAGAAUUGAUUAUAGUGGCAGGAAGGUAGAGGAUCUAGAAAAGAGGAGUUUGCUGUGUUCCUAUGGUUUGCUUUCUCUCAGCUCAGAACAAGCUUUGUCACAAGGGCAGCAAGGACCCACUUCCUCGCCACCGGCUGUUCAUGGUUAAGGUGACUGGUUAUGAACUCUCUAGACGUUGGAGUGGAUUGUGCUCUCGCCUGAGAUGUGGCUUAGAAGCCUAGGCCAUCAUGUUCCAUGCACACUGCUGUGUCGCCUAGAGUGGUAGGAAGUUUGAUUCCAGCACUCAUUUCUUCCCCACAAUUCUCGCCUAUGAUAGCCAUAUCAGAAUGGUUAAAUAAUCUGGGAGGAUGCUCUCCCAAGUACUGAAGAGCUCCUUCUUCCUGUCACUUCUUACGGAGACCGGUGCCGAAAGCACAGACGUUGCCUCUCUUGUGCUUUGUGGUCAGGAUGCUGAUGACCUAGAUCCUGACCUCAUAAAUUAUCUUUCUUUUCCCUAGUAAGUUUUCUUUGAAGUUGGUAGGCUAAUAGAUUCUAUACUGAACGUUUUUUGUGUUGCCUAGAUUUGCAGGGAGAGAAAGAAGUGAUGUGCCAGUGGCUUUAGGAAAUAUCUAGACAGAAGGGGAGGCCACAUGGCUGUGGACAACAUCUUUGUGUUCAGCAGACAUGGGCUAUGGAAAAAUGGUCCCUAAGGAAGCAACACCGGCAUAUUUCUUGCACAGGAACAGAAAUGUGUCCAGACAUCAGAAAGUGUCGAGGAGUGAGCUCUGCGAGCUAAAUCAGCGUGCUACAUUUACCAUAUACCAGUUGCUUCCUUAGCUGAUCUGGAGCACUUUAACAGCAAGAGGAAGGAGGCUGAGGCUGUUUUGCAUGAACAGAAGAUUUGAGAAAAAAAGAUCGGGAUGGUGAUUUUCAGUUUCUGAAAAGACAUGUCUACGAGAAAUCAGACCAUGGGAAGAUAACCCAUAGAAUCAACUUAAUCAGGGCUCGUAAGGCCUCCCAGAAAUGAAGCUACAAACGGGCUCUAGGGGUCUGAGCUGGGUCCUCUCUAUAUACCUUGUGGCUGUGUAGCUUGGUGUUUUUGUGGGAGUGAGGACUGUCUCUGUCUCUUUUGCCUGCUCCUGGAACCCUUUUCCUCCUACCGGGCUGCCUUGCCCAGCCUUGAAAUUAGGGUUUGUGCCUAGUCUUACUGUAUCUUGUUAUGUCAUGUUCGGUGGGUAUCCUGAAAGGCUGGCUCUGUUUUCUUUUCUUUUUUAGAAAAAGAGAGGAGGUGUUGAUGGGGGUGGUGAUGGCUGAGAGGAGUGGAAUGGAGGGAGUGGAAAGUAAGGUGAGAGAAGAAUUAGAAAAGAGAGCAAAGUUUGGAGAGAGAGCUUUCUGUGUGGGAGUAAGUUUAAGUCUGCUAGGCUGUUGUUAACCAAUGACUUUGGAGAGCAAGGUUAACUGAAGGUUCUCUAUUCUAAUAAGGAAGUGGCUGCUCCCCUAGGCUAAAUUCCUCCAAAAAAAAAUCUUUUCUCUAUCUCUUCACAGAUUCCUAUCUGGCUAGAGUCUGGUUUUUCUCCUUCUGUUUCUCAAGAGCUUUGACCUCUGUUAGCAAUCCAUUGAAUGGUUCCUCCUGAUGAUCCUGCUAGGGUGCAGCAGUGCAGAGUGAAUGGACUGAUACGGGCAGAGAUAAGAACGCAAAUGUGGGGACUGUCCGCAGGAGAGUGUGGUCGAGGUCUUCAGUAGCUCGUCUUAAUGAGCUACAUUUUCUGCCUUUGUGUCAGGCUGAUUUCACAAUCAGCUCGCUCUAAGCUCUAGUCCUUUUCUUCCUCCUUUGCUUUCUUCCUGUUUCCCUUCCUUCAUCCUCCUCCCUCACCUAAGGCCUCAUUCAUGCCAGGAAAUGCUCUAUCACUGAGCUCUUUCAUUUCCUCCGUUCUUUCUGUGGAGAUGUCUUUUAAUACGGUCCUACAAACGAAUGCGAUUCUGAUUUUCAAAACCUUUUUAUAACUUAAUAUAGAGCAUGUGAUUCGAAUAGAGAACCAGGAAGCCCUAGUUGAUCCUGGGGAUGGACCCUGCCACUCAAGUAAGUGUACUGAGAGACAGCUUGAGAGCACCAUUCAUGCUGUCUAUUUCUGUGUUUUGUAUUUGUUAUGAAUUUCGGUAUAUCCGUCCAGGUACGUGGUGGUUUCUAGAAAUGAUUGCAGAUUUCUCAUGGACCUGAUAAGUUAGUUCCAGACGUGGGAAUGAGAAUAGUGAACUCGGAAGAGAGGAAGGCAGCUUUCCACAGUUCAGGUCACAGAAGCCCCCAGGAUGCCAUGGGUUCUAAGAACACAGACAUGUGCGAGUAGUAAUGCAUUCUAGCUCUUUCCGAGCCUUGAUUUGGCGAAAGGGAAUUUUGUAUGACAAAGCCUGUGGUUGUGUUUUUCUGUUGGAACUCUGGACUAUCUUACGACACGAUGGAAAAGAAGGUCACUGGAAAAUUGUAGCCUACUUUUGUCGCUGCUUCUUAAAGACUCUCAAUGACAGGAAGUUCCUAUCAUAGAGGAGGUUGGAUCUCAGAGGCUGAGAGGGCUGUGGUCUGAAGCUGUAUUAUAGGGUACAGAGCCUUGUCCAGUUUGUGCUUGAAGUGGAAGGCAAAGAAGAGUUGGAGUGGGAGGAUCUGCGCUAGCAGAUCCAGCAAGGGAUGCUGCUCGAGAGGGGACGCGAACUUAGAAUCUGGAUUGAUCGGAUUGGACACAACCACAGUUUUUCUGGAUGCGCUUUCUUGCUGUUUUAUUGGCUGACUGCACAUGCUGUUAAACCCCCUCAGACAACACACAAGGCAUGCAUUUUGCCCAGUCUGUGUCCAGAUUUGGUUGGGACCUGGUCCUAGGCCUUGUCAUGCAGGGCCUUGUACUCUCUGGUUAAGGAGUUUGGAUUCUAGCUGGAGUAAAAUAAAUAACACGAUUUAGUUGAGUAGAGGGAGCCAAUUGCCAGAGGUACAGUGAAACUGGUUGUGGACCAGAAGUUCCUAUAAGACACAAUAGAUGUCUUCAUUAACCACAGAGUUUGGUUGAAAGUAGUCUUGUCGUUCAAAGGGAAAGGCAGUCUAGGACUUGAUCUGGAGGUGUGAAACAGUAAAUGCUGAAUGGGAUGGGGAUGGGUCUGAGGAAUCAAUAGGUAUGAGUCACUUUUUUUUUGCUUGUCUGUUUCCGUUUUUUGAAAGGGUAUCUCAUGUAUUCCUGACUGGCUUCUGUAAAUACUUAUGACUUGGAACCUCUGAUCAUACUGCCUUUGCCUCCUGAGUGCUGGCAUUGCAGUUGCACACCAGCACAGCCAGCUAAGGUACACUUUUGACACAGCCUGAGGCAAAUUGAUGUAUGCGACGGUUAGGGUCCUGAUACAGAUUAGGGUGAAGUUGUCUUGGAAGUUGGUAGGCUGAAAGAGGUCACCCAGAGUGUGAGUGUCCUUAGAAAAGACAAGAACGCAGAGACGAGCCAUGGCGUGUUAAGAGGAGUCUGGGGCACAUGUGCUUUGGAAGAGGAAACCCCAGGCAAUCUGGUGUUUCUGGAAAGCAAGUUGAGAAAUUCCACCCAGGUGGCUCUCAUCAUCUGUGCCAAAUGCUGCCAAGAACUCAGGUUAAGAUGCGACUCAGAAUCGAUGGCUGCUAAACUCAGCAGUCAUAGUCCUUACUGAAACACAGGGACAGGGAAACACAAGAUGUCACUGAAAGACUCAGGUUAUUGUGUAGAUGAUGGGGGGUGGGGUGGAUCAGAAUAUAUCAAUCCCCUUUUAAAAAAAAGCUUGACAUAAGGACUGAAAUGUUAAUCUAAAUGCUUAAUUAUUUACCAAGUUACCAAGCAGGGGGUGUACUAGUGGGUGUAGCUCAGUUGGUAGUGUACUUGCCUAGCGUGCACAAAGCCCUGACAUGGAUCUACAGUGGUUUCCUUAGCACUAAAGCAAGUUCAAGGACAGCCUAGCGACCUAUCUCAAAAGGAGGCAGGAAAGUAAAUAUCUAUCACUUUCAAAAUGUAAGGAACUUUUAAUAGCCUGUUUAUGCACUGCCGUGGAAUGAAGGCAGGUAAUUACACUGGAGCCAAGGCGAUAAAUGUUCUUUAUUAAGCCUGGGGGUCAGGGUAGGGGAGAUUUGGUACAGGGGUGGGGCGUGAGGAGGAUGGGGCUGCCUUGGAGCUUGGCAGUUGAAUGAGUCUUCUAUUGUAAUAUGGAAAAAUGAAUUUGUGGCUAAACAAAACAAAACAACCCCUCUGGAUUAAAAAUAACAGCAACAUCUAGCAAAUUUUUGCUGGUGAUUACACAGGCCUUGAACAUGCUAGGCAUGCUGGGGCACUUCCGCCCCUAGCCAGGAAGAUUUUAUUUUACCAUCUGUGCAGUGUUGUUAUGGUGUUAAGGGACUUAGAAAUUUGUUUAAUAGAGAUGUUGUAGACAACAAUUGUGUAUCCAUUUUUCCCCAUCUCCCCUGUGGUUUAGGGAUCUUUGAAUACUCUGUGUUUUUUCAGGAGUAGCAAUAGUAGGAAAGCAAGGUCCAUAUAUGUUUCUCAGUUUAAUUUUCCAUUCACAUCUUUAUCCAUCUCUCGGUUGAAUGAGUCUUUUUUGAAUGCCUGUGUCGGAGUCUCCAGGGCACAGCAGUGAGCAAACCAAGUCUUCGUCCUGUGAAGCAAAUAUUCUGAAUUCUUAUGGAGAGAUCCUUUUUGUUUCACUGUAUUGUGUGUGGUAAGGGGGGAUGUAGCAGGGGAGGAUGGAAGAGAGGUGGGAGAAGGGAGAAUUUAUAUGUGCUUAUGCUGGAUUCGGACCUGAAUAUGGUCAGGGGCCAUUUGACUUGUGGAGGGACUCUUACUAGACCCAGAGUGCGAUCCCUGAGGUGGAGAGUGUUUUCGAGCCUGAGGAGAUAACAGUAUCCAAUGUGUCCUGAGAGAGUGAUGGAGAGGACAAGGGGGCCCUGUGAUCUCAGUGGUAUUAGUUACACUUCUGAGCCCAUCCCCCAGGUCAUUGGGUUUCUCAUUUAUUUCUCUGUGGUCCUGGGAGAUGUCAAAUAUGCAUCCCACACAGAACACUGUGAAUCCUGAGGGCUAUUCAUAGAACCUUCCUCAGAAGACCUUAAUGAAAGGAAUACUUUCUGAGUGGAGCGUUUUCUUGGUUUUUGGUGUUCACAUGUGCACACACACAACCGCACAUACACACAUUUCACAUGCACACCUCAUAUGCUGGUCACAUUACAAAUAACGUUAUUAUUCCAUCUUCAAACAACAGAAUUAAAAAGCGAUGUGCUAAUGAUACGAAGACCAAGCCCUUUUGUUUUGCAACCCUCCACCUUCACACUCCCUUGCAGCUGACUUAUCUACAUGUUGGGUGUUGAGCAGGUUGCUAGUACCAGCACGCAGAAGACUGAGGCAGAAGGAUCACAAGUCAGAGUCAGAGGACAGCCUGGGUAAUACAGUGAGGCCCUGUCACAAACAAACACAUAUAAAACAACUGAGACCUGCCUCACUAAACUAAAUUAAUUGUGCUGAGUAAAUUGUUGUUUUGUUGUGUUGUGUUGGAAUCUUUUAUGUAGCCCAGGCUAGCCUCAAACAGAGAGCCUCCUGCCUCAGACUUAAAGUAAUUCUUAAAUAACUUUAAAACAUAAAAUAAUAUCACUACAUGAGUCUUUAGAAGUAGAAAUUAUCUAGCCCAUGAUGGAAACUGGGCAUUCCUUUCCCUAAUACUUCACCCCUCCUAGCCUGCUCCCUAGAACCAGUCCCCAUUAAGCUCCAUUCAUAUCUUUCUUGAAAUGGCCCUUCUCUGUCGGUCAUGUGUCCUGUAUGAUGAGAGCACGAGAGAUGCUCAUCUGCACGUUUCCCUUUUCAUGUAGCUGUGUUUUGGAAAUCACUCACUGCCCUUGUGUCUUGGAUCCCACGAUACUGGUCUCACAGCCCGGAGGAUGCAGGCAACAUUUUUCAGUUAUUAGAAAUGUUCUACUGAACAUCUUUUCAUGCACACAUCUCAAAGUUUAAUUUCCCUCCAACCCGACUGUACGGUGUGAGUCACCCAACACUAGAACAUUCAGUCAGCCUUUCUCUACAACUCCCCACCACCGUGGCUUAUGAUUGUCCGGCUCCAAUCUGAUAGUGAUUGGCCAUUUCAAUUUGUAUUUUUCAUGAGUACUCAUUGAUAACUUGUAAUUUUUGCCUGGUUUUAUGGUGAGCCAGCUGCUUCUUGACUUUAAAUAUUUCAGGUGUAUGUUAACUAAUCACACUAAUUUUUUACGUCUCACAGAUUUCUUGCUUGCACCCACACGUUUGCACUCCCCAGAGGUCUAACUAGACUUCAUGGUGCAUGGUUUGCAAAUAUUUUUUCCCAUCUCUUACCUCUGGAUUGUGUUUAUUCAAGUCCCCUACCUGCCCCCAACUACCAGUCCUGUGUAAAAAUCUUAAAAUGUGUAAUGAAGUUUAUAAUUAAUUUUCUUUCAUGGCUGCUGGGCUUUGCACUGACUUAGGGAGACCCCCUAAGAGUAUCACAUUGUUUUCUACUAUUUUCUGAGUGCUGAAAUCUUCCUUUAAGUCAUUUUUGUUUUAUUGAGAUACAGUCUCACGUUGUAGCCCUGACUAGACCGAAACUCACUAUGUAGAUCAGGCUGGCCUACUGUUCUCAGCGAUCCAUCUCCUUCUUCCUCCUGAGUACUGAAAUUAAGAACAUGCUCCACCAUACUGGACUUUAACAUUACUGUUUGAUCAGAGCUGUAUUUUUCAAUUACCUAAGGAAUUCUUAGUCUUCCCCUCCCAUUUUCCAGGUGCCCUGCCCUGUUUUUCCUUUGUGCACUUUUGAAGACAGAUUCAGACAAUCUGAAGAUUCAUAUCCCACCCCACUUUCUCUCAAGAAUGGUUAUUCGAAUCUACUUAAAAAAAAAACUCCUUAUUUAAAAAAAAUCACCAUGGUACUCCCUUAAAUAGCAGUUCAUAAAGGUGUUUUGCAGGUGGUUAAUUUGUGGAUGUGGCCAGAUGGGAGAUGGAGCCCAAAGCACUGACUGUCUAGACCCAGGGAAAUAUAUGGCCAGGACACAGUCCUGCUUCCUGCAAUCAUGGGGCAGGAACUUUGCAGUACAAAUGAACUGGUUAAGUAGUGAAGAUGAGGCGGGCCGCUCUUGGUUGACCACUUUGGCUUAGUAUUCCAGAUACUGGCCAGGGUAAGGGAAAUGUUUAGGGAGAGUCCAGACAAUGGGUUCCACCAAUUUCUUCCACAAUCUUACUAAUGCAGCAGGACCAUCUCUGUCAGUCAGCUGGGGGUUGAUCUCUAGUAUGAUAAUGCACAAAAGCCACUGUUUGGGUGAGCUUGCUUUUUAUUUUUAUUUGUUUUCUUCUUCUGGGGCUGCAUUUUCUGAAUGCCCUUCUAUUUCUCCAAAAAGCUGUAACUCUCCCAUCCCUAUCUCUAGUGUUCUGCACUGCAGGCGAAAGUCUCUUCUCUGCACCUUUUCCAUUUUUUCUGUGAUCUGUGCAUGCACAUUUCUCUUGUGUGCUGGGGGACCCCAAGGACACGUUUACUUAUUUUCUUAAUCUCUGUCAGUACUUGUUGAGCUGUGAGUUCUUUUGCUGUAGUCACAGAAUAGAGGAAGAUCUUCAGUGUGGCUCCUCUGAAUCCAGACACAUCUCUCUCUCUCUCUCUCUCUCUCUCUCUCUCUCUCUCUCUCUCUCUCUCUCUGUCUCUCACUCAUAUACAGUUUUAAUUCUUUAAAAAUGCCGUUAUGUGUGUAAUUGGUUGGAUUGCAUAUGCCGCUCAAGUCUGGUAAGGCCUGUCUGUUAGGUAAAGAGCAACAAUAAAGAUGACUACCUUAAAAGGCUUGUACUGUUGUACUGUUUCAGCAUAACAGAUUGUGGUGAUGUGCUGUGUGGUGGGAGAUUUUUGUCUGAUGGUUUCUUUGUUAACCACAAAACUGCCUGGGCAAAAAUGGACAGCUACUCUUACAAGAAUGGGGUGGGGGGACCCUUUCAAUAGUUGAAUGAAAAAGAGAGAUGCCUAUGGGAAAGUUUGUACCAACAAACCUGAUUUACAAAAGAAAUAAAAUAGGAUUGGGGGGAUUUUGGGGGGGGAUGUAAAAAGUUUGAUGCAUUUGCAUGAGGACCUGCAGAACACUGGCACCCAUUAAAAAGCAAAGCAUAACAGCAUCCACCCAUAAUUCUGGCUCUGGAUGGUACAGACAAUGUUCUCUGGGGAUUGCUGGAAGUGGAGGGUUCUGGGUUUAGUGAGAAAGGUUAUCUCAAAAAAUAAGGUGGAAAGUAGUUGAUGAAAAGAUCCAAAGUCAGUUUCACAUGUGCACACACGUAUGUGUGCAGAUCCAGUCAUGUAUAAAAUGUUCAGCCCAUGUGUUUGGAGUGAGAUGAGCUCUUAGGAACUCAAGCAUGAAUUUGGCCUUUUUCUCUAUGCUAAGAUUCAUGAAAGAAGUCUCAACACGACCCUGUCUGACGCUUUCUAUACGCCACCAUUGUUUGUACUCACCCGGAAUCAGUCAUCACCCAUAACUGUUGUGGAAAAGAACAGUGGUUUUGGUGCAUCACAGUGGUGCCAGCAUUCAGUAGGCAGAUGCAGGCAGAUCUCUAUGAAUUUGAGGCUAACCUGGUCUUUAGCAAGUUACAAGUCACUCAAGGAUUUGCAUAGUGCGAACCUGCCUGAAAGAAAAAGUUGAACGGUCUUUUUGAUUUAUGUUAUGUUUCUACUUUUAAGUUACCCGUUAGACCCUAUUUAAGGAUACUGACUUUAUUUUAUUAUUAUUUUUGCUUUUUUUUUUCAAGACAAGAUCUCCCCAUAUAGCCCACUAUAUCACUGACUAUCCUGGAACUCACAUGUAAACCGGGCUAGUCUUGAAAUCACAGAGUUCCACUACACGUAGUUUAAGCAUAUUUUUAAAAAAGUGUACUUUGCAGUAUAAAUUCUGCCAAUCAGAUGCAUGCUUGUUUAUGAUGAAAUAUCGGUUUUAGCUGAAUGAAUCCUGCUACUUCUGCACUGCGCAGGAAUGGUCAUGGCUCUUAGAAAGCCUCUACUGAGUGGUGGUUUCCUUAACAUUUAAUGGUUUUAAUUGUGCAAAGCAGCUCACACCUGUAAUCUAAGCUCAGGGAAGGCCAAGGUAGGAGUAUUCAUUCCUGCAAUUCAGAGGUCAGCCUGGGCUGCAAUAGUCAGAGCCUGUUUUGAAAAAUAGAACUACAGGCACACACACAGACAAAAGAUAGCGUGAGCAAAACCAGUAGAGAAUUCUUGUGGCAAAUAUUGGAAGAGAGCAUGUCCAUCGAUGGGAAAUCGUUGCAUCCUUCUGAUGCUAUCCGCCGAGCCCACCACUUGAGACUUUUACCCAUUACGUUUCCUAGGCACAUUAUUUACCUGGAAGGUUAUUUCUUUUCAAAUAAGUUAAAAUAGUCAAUACUUUUUUGAUUUUGAUACAAUAAUCUUUAAUCAUGUUACCUGAGGAAUGUUUCUUGAUUUCAGUAGCAUCUGCAAUUAUGUUUAAGAACUUUCGAAAUCCUAUUGGUUUUAGGACAACCUUCAAAGAUGUAAUUAUUAUCCCCGGUUUGCUGACAAAAACCCCUCAGGUUUUGUAUGAAUUUCAGAAUCUAGAAAGAGAUCCUUUUUAAAAAAAAAUUUAAAAAAUUCUUUUGUUUUUUUGUUUUUUGUUUUGUAGUCAUGACUGUCCUGGAAUUAAUUCUCUAUGUAGACCAGGCUGGUCUCAAAUUUACAGAGAUCCACCUGAGUGCUCUCUGCCUGAAAACAAUUAGAAUGUGCGACGUAAGGAGCGUUCCACAAACUUUACCUGAAUCUCCCUGCUGCUCAGUCGCCUCUAGGAUAACAAGUUAGGAUUUUAACUGAGCAUCUAUGGUUCCUGUCUCCAGGGUUUAGGGAAAAGGAAAUAUAUACAGACAGGAGCUUUUGUGAUGGCGGGCCUUCUACUGAUCCACCAAGUGUUUGAAUCCGAAUGCAGACUCAAUGAUUUAAAAUUACUUGUCAACAAGCCCUUGAAUUAAGUGACUUACUGGGAACCAAAACAGGAGAAGUAACAGGAACCCCCUGCUUCGCUUCCUUCUCCUAAUGUUUUCCCCCCAACGCCCCAUGCUGAUUUUCAAAUGAAGAACAACAAAUGAAAUAACAGGCGAAGACUUUGUAAAUAUAGAGUCUUUUACAAAUCCAAGCACAAACAAAUCUGUAAGUGGUAGGGAAACCCAGGCCACGAAUUUUGUGAUGGCUUCUGUUCAUACAUUAGGAAGCCUGAUGGGAACCCCACUAAACAAUUAGUUACCAGCUGUUGGCUUUAAUCUGAUCAUUUACAAAAAUACAGCAGCUCCUUACUGGUAGUAAAUCUGAUAUACAUAAAACCAAUAACAUGCUGGUGAUUGACACUUUCUUGCAAAUGCUAUCUGGGUGGUGGAAACUGGUUUAAUUCUUAAUUCCAGAAAUAUCAAUAAAUUUAUAUCUGUCUUCCCGAGAGAGCUGGAGAGAAGACACUGAAGUCUUAGAGAGUACAUAUUGUGAUUUCUUCCACAAUGGAGAGCACCGUGUUAAUUUGGAGAAACUCAUUAAUGUGUAGGUUAGUCCUAGUAGUGCCUCUUAAUUAAAUUUCAAUGGAUGGAAGGAGUAUUAGGAACAGAAUACAUAAGAGAUUUUACAGAAUCUCGGAUUGAGGCAAGUCACUGGUUAUUUCUACUGUGCAUGCUAAUUUACAAAUAGUUCAAUAAGGAUUCAAUUUGUGUCAUCCUGGCAUUUACAAGGGCACAUGAAGAAGUCUUGCUUGUCUCUAUUCACCAAAUAGCAGUUUGCAGACCCUUACAAGUUCCCAUAUGUUAUCGAAAAACAUUUUCCAAGAAAUUGGCAGGACUGCAGCUUGUAGUUGAUGCCAGCUUCUUCCUGGGGCCAAUUCAACAGAGAAGAGAGAGAAGGCAAAAGGAAAAAAAAAAAAGAAAAGAAAAGAAAAGGCCUUCCUUGUGUUAGUGGCUGAAUUACUCUGACAAGCUUUCACCUUGCCCCUCCUCUUAUUAAUAUUCUUUUUGAUGUGAGCUUGUAAAACAGAGGAUUGGCUGUUAAUCUCCAAGAUCUCAAGGGCUUUUGGCAGUGGCCCAUAAUUGAUGUGUUCACAUGGCUGUUGUCUGACUACUAAUGAUCAGACAGCAGCGUUAUCUACCAGGUAAAUCUGUGUUGCUUAUAAAUCACACUUGAUAAACUGAAGUUUCAUUUCUUCAAAGAGUCCGUACAGAAUGCCAGGGGCCUUUCAUGAUUCUCUGACAGCUUAGAUUGGGUUUAUUUUUCAUUUCUGUUUGACAAAAUAUUAGACUCCCUAACUUGAGGGAAGGGGAAUUUGUUUUGUUUCUCUAACGAGGCAGCCAGAGGACGGGGCGAUAAGCAGAGAAGGAUGACCUGCCUUCUACCCAGAGGAUGCACAGAUUGGGGUGGCAGAUGGAAUUCCGAUAGUGUUGCCAUCCUUCAAGGUGAGUGGAGUUUGGUCCAUGGCAUAGUGAAAGACAAAGGGCAGAGGAACGUUCUAAGAAUGUGGGCCUGGGCUCAGAUUGUGACAUGGUUGGGGCAGGGUAACUGGAACUGUGAGAUUACAGUAACCAUUCAGUCACAGUGUGUGUUGAGCCUGUGUGUCAGGUAUGACUUCCUUCUAUGGAAGGCCAAGAGGAAGAAGACAGAAGGUUUUACACAAUAAGGUAACCACCACAGAACUUCUGUCUUCUGUCCUUCACCACUCACUGGGGAUACUUAAGGCCACAAAUACACCCAGAGUUCCCCCUCUAAUCUGGAGAUGUGAAACCAGGUUACCGGACGCACAUUUACGAUGUGAUAUGACUGGGAACUUCCGCUAAGUCAUGGUUGUUUGUUUUGGUCACAAACUCCUGUGACUCUGAGCUAACUUCCAGCAUGUAUAAAAGGGAAAAACAAGAGGACUAAAUUUCAUAGCUCAUUCUGUAAAUAUUUUGUAAAUAUUCAUGUCCUUUGACUUUUCUUACAAAGAAUUUCGCUAAAGCAUUGGUUUGUGUAUAUGUGUAUUAUAUAUAUGUGUAUAUACAAUACAUAUGUUAUAUAUGAUAUUGAAUAUUUACAAUAUCCUAUACAUGAUACAAGGUCUCUCUGUGUAGUCCUUGCUUUCCUGGAGCUCCCUAUGUAGACCAGGCUGGCCUCAAACUCACCAAGAUCUUUCUGCCUCUGAUUCCCCAUCUGCGUCACCAUAAAUUCUUAGAUUUCAAGGAAAGGGUUAAAAUUGUGAUAUUUAAGAAUGAAUUUUGUUUUGUUGUGUUUUUGAGAUAGGGUUGUACUCUAGCUGGGCCUGAAACUACUGGUGAUUCCCCUGCCUCAGAUUCCUGGUUUCUGGGAUUACAAACACCCCAAGCACUAUGCUUGGCUAAAAACCUAGGUUGGCCUUGAAUUUUCAGUAAUUCUCCUGCCUCUGCUUUCCCAGUGCUGGGAUUAGUGGAGUGCGCUAGUUAUUAUACCUGGGCUGAAACAAAUUAAAAACAUAGUAUUUUAAAGAGAAACUUACACAGUUUUGAGAUGUGUUGGAAGUUAUUUUCUUUACCAAAAUGGGUAGCUUUUUGGCCAGUGACGUGGUUCGGUUAAAGAAGCAUUUGCCAUCAAGUCUGAGGAGCUAAGUUUGAUCCCCAGGACCUGCAUGUUAAAAGGAGAGAACUCACACCUUGUCCUCUGACCACCCCAUGUGCGCAUUUGGAUGGUUCCACAUUGGAUGGCCAUCCCAAAAAAUAGAUCUCUUUUUAUUAUUAUUUUAAUGUAUAGCGUGAUUCAGGGUAAAAUCAUGUGGCAUCUGGUGGAAAUAGGGAUUUCCUCAUUGUGAUAGUUCAAAGAGGUGUUGCAACUCUUUCAAACCAGGAGAAUGUCCUUAAUUAAUAGCAAAGCUACUGAAGUGAAUUCCACCAGUCCACCCCUCGACCCAGUCCAACCCAACGCAACCAAGCACAGCUUAAGAUCAUAGGAAACCAAAGCUAUACACAUCUCCAAGUACUACGUUCUUGAGUACUUUACUAUUUUUUAAGAUUCAAUAAGAGGUGUGUGGGGGGGGGGUGCGCUCGCUCGCUAGCUCAUGGGUACUAACGGAGGCUGUUGAAACCUUUAAAGCUGGGGAUACAGUUAGUUAUAAGCCAUAGAUUCUGGGAAUUCAACUCAAAUUCCCUCAAAGUACGGGCUCUUAAUUGCCGAGCCAUCCCUCAAGCCCAGUUUUUAUGUUUUAAUCCUAGGUGCCAAAUGUAUUCCUUAUCUGGCAACAGUGGCCAGACAUGAGCAUUCCCUUUUCCUGGAAAUAUGCUGUAAUUAAAAUUAGCACUACCAUCAAGGAGUGGAUGUUUAUUGAUAAACGUCAAUGCUGAUUAACAAAGGAACUUAUUUCUGCUACUUACCAUGAUUGAUGGUUCUGAGUAAUUCCUUUUUUUUAUUAUUAAACAAAAACAAUUUCAAUGUAAGUUGUUUGGGUUAAGGUUAUUAGAUUUUAAUAUACUGGAAAAAUAUCCAUGAUUAACUUUGAGAAGCUAGUUCUUUGCCUAUUCAAAUGGAGUCUUCAUUGAACUUUGUUAUAGAAUCAACGAUGUAGAGUUUCUAAUAGCUGUAAAUUAUGGGACGAAGUGCAUUAAGAGAUGUAGAGUGCAAUUUUCAUUAUAAAAAAUGUGUGCGUGUAGAAAGGCUGGAUUAUGGUAUUAAAAAUAAAAUACUGAGAGCACUGAGAAUAUUUGAAGUUUUUUAAAAUCUCAUCUUUAAAUAAUAACCCACCUGUGCGUUUUAUAAAGUUUAUAGCCAUUAUAGCAAAAAUAAGCAUGAAUUCUUUAAUUUUUAAAAGAUAGCAGUUUUUCUUGACUGAUGAUUUAAAUAAUGACUCAAGUCAGCUUGAUUUAAAUUUAGCUGAGUCUACUUCUAAAACUGCAGGUGUUUAUUGACUAACUGGAGAAAUGAAUAAAAUUUUAAUAUAGAUAUGAACAACUCCAGUGGCCACCUUGUGCUGGGAGUUUGGUAAUAGUGUAUGGAGAAAGCCCCUGUCAUUUUUGGAAGAGCACAUUCUAAGAAAUCUAUGAUUCACAUGUUAAGAAAUCUUGGACAUUCGGGACAACCCUCUGAAAAACAUAGCCACAUCUUUUUUCUGUUUUCAUGUGACUAAGAUUUAGAACAGACAGUAUUUAUUAGGUAUGAAUGAGGCUGCGUGAAGCGUCCUUGAAUUAGUAAACCUCCAUGGCCACCGUUUAUGUGUGUGUGCCUGUGUGUGUAUGUGUUUGCGUGCGUGCGUGCGUGCGUGCGUGUGUGUGUGUGUGUGUGUGUGUGUGUGUUUAAUUUCAAGUUCUCCUUUGUCAGCCUCCUCACAGUGGGGUUAGAGAUACACGAUCAACAUUUUACCUAGGUACAAGAGACAUGAACUCAGGUCCUCGUUUUUACUGACUGAUUGAGCUGUCCUCCCAGCCCCCUGGGAUAGUCUAAAAUUAGAUUUUUUUGUCUGUCUGUCGUGUUUUGCUUUACCCUUUUAAGAUUUACUUUUGUUUAUGUAUGCAAGAGCUUUCUUGGUUGGUUUUGAGACAGGGUCUCACUGUAUAGCUCUGGCUGGCCUGAAACUCUUUGUAAACAAAUCUGGCUUCAAACUCACUAAAAUCUGCCUGACUCUACUUCCUGAUUGCUGAAAUUAAAGGUAUGCGCCACCAUGCCCAGCUCUGUGAGUUUAUGUACACCAAGGGCAAACAGAAUCCAUGGUGACCAGAGAAGUUACAAGCAGUUGUGAGCUGCCCCACUGGGUGCGGGGAACUGAACCAGGGUCCUUUGCAAGAUCAGUAAGCACUCAUAACCACUGAGCUAUCUGCUGUCUCACACUGAGUCUUUGUAACUUCUCCUGAUGGUCUAAAUUAUCUUCUGAAAUAAAACAUAUCUAAAAAUAUUUUGGAAAUUUGAAUGUCCAGAGAAUAUGAUUCUGUUAACACCUCCUCUGUCUGGGUGUCUAUAAAUAAGAGAUAUUAGUAAGUGUGAAAGGUUUUUAAAUUUGCAUUUGUGAUUCAUAAAGAUCUCUUUCUUUUCUUUUUCUUUUUUUUUUUUUUAAUUCUGGAGGUUCUACUGUGGCAUCGUUGUUACACACCUUCAGAGUGCCAUUUUAUAGAUGUUGACAGCAGAAGACUGAUCCCCAGUCUUCACCUAGGGUUUUGCCCAGAAUACAAGUUUUUAGAGGAGGGAAAAAAAAAUCACCCUUUGUCCAAAUCUCAUCAAACACCAGAUUCUAAGUGGCUGUAAAUAUUGAACGUUACUUUAGCCACCUCAGCCGGUGACACAUUAAACAGACGGUGAACUUUGCUGUACUUGGUGCCUUAGGGAUGGAUCACUGGGUGGAGGAGGACCUGGCAGGGGAGCAUGAAACGGCUUGAUCCCCACAGGUUUUGUGACUCCUCUUUUCUCCUGGCUGCCAAGGAGACGCCACAGGUUGAGGUGUUGAGGCAUUAAGGGUUUUGCAAAGGCGGUGAGUCAGUGAGUGAGUAAGGAGCACUGACAUUGAGUCAUCAUCUGCGCUGAGACGGAAGCUCCUGGUCAGUGAGAGGACCACACACCACGAGUGGCCUGUAGCUAUAAGGGUGAAGUGAUGGAAAGUGCUUGAAAAUGCUAACAACCCUGUUCUUCUGGCUGGCGAGAGACAGGGAGACUUCAGCCAGCUCCUGGUGGGGUUGAACAUCGGACCUCUGACACCAGUUUCCUUUUAAAUCGGGUCUUCUUUGAUUGAGGCUACCUCCUGAUGACUAGGGCCAUCAUUCUGAUCAGCCUCCCUUUCUUCCUCAGCUCUUUUGGGGUUUAUUGUAUUCCUUCCUCCUUCCUUACAGCCCUCCUUGAGAACUGUGUUUGAAAUCAUCCUCAUCCCCCACCUUCUCAAGUCUUAGCUGUGUUGGAGUUCAGCCAUGGCAUCUUAUAACAUAAUAAAUUUCAAAAUAUCUCUCUCUUUCUCUCUCUCUCUCUCUCUCCCUCUCUCUCUCUCUCUCUCUCACACACACACACACACACACACACAAACACACACACACUUAUAUAAAAGUCCAAUAUGGGCCUUACCCAAUGUGCCAGAUGAUUUUUCUAUACCCCUACUUCAGAAGCUCACACCUUAUUUUUUAGUUUCACAGAAACCCCUAGGUUCUUAUCCUUGCCUGAACUCUUGAAUUCCCUCUUGUGCUUGCCAGCUCACUAAACUGUCAGUCCCUAAACUAAAGUAGCAUUCAGGAUGGCUUAGAUCUAUCCUAGCCUCUGAUUUCUUCCUUAGGCCAAGUCCUCCACAGGUUUAUAAAUCCACCACAGUACACUCACUGCCCCGCCCCCUUGAUGCUCCCAUAAUGCCUUGGGCUUAACUGACCAUCUGAACCCUGACCAUAUUCUCUACUCUGCAGUGACUAUUCAUCUCUGCUGGAACAAUGCUUGCCACAUAGAAGCACCUGACAGACAGAUACUGGAUAAGAGGAUGACUUCCCUAACAGUUGACCCCCUGUUUACAGUGCCGGCACCACCGCCGCCGAUUGCCAGCAGUCUCGCACCUCAGAUUCCGCCCUCCUACUUUUCCCCAUCUUCAUCCAAUAUUGCAGCACCAGUCGAACAGCUUUUGGUUCGGACUCGGUCCGUGGGUGUCAAUACGUGUGAAGUUGGAGUAGUGACAGAGCCAGAGUGUCUUGGGCCCUGUGAACCUGGGACCAGUGUCAAUUUGGAAGGGAUCGUGUGGCACGAAACAGAAGAAGGUGUCCUAGUGGUCAAUGUCACGUGGAGGAACAAAACGUACGUGGGGACCCUCCUAGACUGCACCAAGCAUGACUGGGCCCCUCCCAGGUUUUGCGAAUCACCGACAAGUGACCUGGAGAUGCGAGGGGGCCGGGGCAGAGGAAAGAGAGCGAGAUCCGCUGCGGCUGCCCCCGGUGCCGAGGUCAGCUUCACAGAGUCCAGAGGGCUGCAGAGCAAGAACAGAGGGGGAGCCAAUGGGAAAGGGAGGCGUGGCAGCCUCAACGCCAGCGGACGAAGAACACCCCCAAACUGUGCUGCAGAGGACGUAAAAGCCAGCCCUUCCUCAACCAACAAAAGGAAGAACAAGCCCCCAAUGGAGCUGGAUCUGAACUCGAGCUCUGAGGACAGUAAGCCCGGGAAGAGAGUGCGCACGAAUUCCAGAAGCACCCCUACCACCCCUCAGGGGAAGCCAGAGACUACUUUUUUGGACCAAGGCUGCUCCUCUCCAGUGUUAAUUGACUGUCCCCACCCAAACUGCAACAAAAAGUACAAGCACAUAAACGGCCUGAGGUACCACCAGGCACAUGCGCACUUAGACCCAGAAAACAAGCUAGAGUUCGAGCCUGAUAGCGAGGACAAGAUCUCAGACUGUGAAGAAGCCUUGAGUAACGUGGCCCUUGAUUGCAACGAGCCAAGCACAAGUGUGUCAUCUUAUGACCAGGUGAAGGCACCUGGGUCCCCCGGGGCUGGGAACCCCCCUGGGACACCCAAGGGAAAGAGAGAGCAUGUGAGCAAUGGCCCAGGUCCUAUUAUAGGUUCAAAAACUGGGAAGAAUUCUGGCAAGAAGAGGGGCCUUAACAAUGAACUGAGCAACCUUCCGGUCAUCUCCAACAUGACAGCCACCGUAGACAUUUGUUCAGCAGCAGACGGCAGUCUAGCUGCGGAAAUGCCCAAACUGGAAGCGGAAGGACUGAUUGACAAGAAAAGUUUGGGGGAUAAAGAAAAGGGCAAAAAAGCAAACAAUUGCAAAAUGGAUAAAAACCUCUCUAAACUGAAAAGUGCCCGACCCAUUGCCCCCGCCCCCGCCCCUACGCCUCCACAGCUGAUUGCUAUACCGACAGCAGCCUUCACAUCCACCACCACGGGGACCAUACCUGGACUGCCCUCCCUCACAACCACUGUGGUCCAGGCUACACCAAAGAGCCCUCCAUUGAAACCUAUUCAACCAAAGCCCACAAUUAUGGGGGAGCCCAUCACCGUGAACCCAGCUCUGGUGUCACUCAAAGACAGAAAGAAAAAGGAGAAGCGAAAGCUGAAGGACAAAGAAGGGAAAGACACUGGAGGUCCCAAAAUGGAUUCUAAGCUGGGGAAGCUGGAGGAUGCCAAGGUGGCUAGCAAGGAUUUGUCUGGGCAUUUUUUAAAGGACCAUCUCGGUAAGAGUGAAGGGCUGGCCAACGGAUUGUCAGAGUCUCAGGAGAGCCGCAUGGCCAGCAUCAAAGCCGAGGCCGAUAAGGUUUACACGUUCACGGACAAUGCUCCCAGCCCUUCCAUCGGGAGCGCCUCACGCAUGGAAUGCAGUACCCUGGUGAAUGGGCAAGCACCCAUGGCACCACUGCACGUGUUGACACAGAAUGGGGCUGAAAGUGCAGCAGCUAAGACCAGCAGCCCAGCCUAUUCGGACAUAUCAGAUGCUGCAGAUGAUGGUGGUUCUGACAGCAGGUCAGAGGGCAUGAGGUCAAAGGCCAGUUCCCCAUCAGAGACCUUUUCUAACAAAGAUGGUGUUGUGAAAGGGCAUCCUCAAACUUCAGCACAACCAUCUCAGCUGAAAGAGUCCCAUUCUCCCUAUUACCAUGGCUACGAGCCUUACUAUUCUCCAAGUUACAUGCACCCUGGACAGGUUGGUGCCCCGGCAGCUGGGAACGGUGGGAGCGCGCAGGGCAUGAAGAUCAAGAAGGAGUCAGAGGAAGACGCGGAGAAGAAGGACAAGGCGGAGCAGCUGGAGUCCAAGAAAGCAGAGCAUCCGUCAGCAUCCCUGCAGCCUCAGCACCAGUCAGUCAUCACGCAGAGACACCCCGCCCUGGCGCAGUCCCUCUACUACGGCCAGUAUGCCUACGGGCUCUAUAUGGACCAGAAAUCUCUGAUGGCCACCAGCCCUGCCUACAGACAGCAGUACGAGAAGUACUAUGAGGACCAGAGGCUGGCAGAGCAGAAACUGGCCCAGAGUGGGAGAGGAGACUGUGAAAGAAAGGCUGAACUCCCCUUGAAAGAGCUGGGCAAGGAAGACAGUAAACAGAAAAACAUACCAUCAGCCACUGUCUCUAAGGCUCCCUCUACCCCGGAGCCUAACAAAAACCAUUCUAAAGUAGGGCCAUCAGUGCCUAAUAAAACUGAGGAGACAGGUAAAUCCCAGCUUCUCUCCAGUCACCAGCAGCAGCUUCAGGCCGACAGCUUCAAAGCUAAGCAAAUGGAAAACCACCAGCUUAUUAAGGAGGCUGUAGAAAUGAAGUCUGUCAUGGACUCUAUGAAGCAGACAGGUGUAGACCCAGCCUCGAGAUUUAAACAAGAUCCGGAGUCAAGGACGUGGCAUCACUAUGUGUACCAGCCCAAGUAUCUGGACCAACAAAAGCCAGAAGAACUUGACCGAGAAAAGAAGCUAAAAGAGGACAGUCCAAGGAAGACUCCCAACAAAGAGAGUGGCACGCCCAGCCUUCCUGUGUCCUUAACAAACAUCAAAGAGGAGCCUAAAGAUGGCAAGCGUCCCGAUUCUCAGUCCGUGGAGGAAAGCAAGCUGAAGAACGAAGAUCGAAAGACGCCUGUGAACUGGAAGGACUCUCGGGGGACACGAGUGGCUGUGUCCUCACCCAUGAGUCAGCAUCAGUCCUACAUACAGUACCUGCAUGCUUAUCCGUAUCCACAGAUGUAUGACCCCAGCCACCCUGCAUACCGGGCUGUCUCUCCUGUCCUAAUGCACAGUUACCCUGGGGCCUAUCUCUCUCCAGGAUUUCAUUAUCCUGUUUAUGGGAAGAUGUCUGGGAGAGAAGAGGCAGAGAAAGUCAAUACCAGCCCCAGCAUCAGCACAAAAACAGCCAGUGAAGCCAAAGCCCUGGACCUACUCCAACAUCACGCCAACCAAUACCGAAGCAAGUCCCCUGCUCCUGUGGAAAAGGCUUCCACGGAGCGGGAGCGGGAACGGGAGGCAGAGCGGGAACGGGAUCGCCACUCCCCCUUCAGCCAGCGGCACCUGCACACACACCACCACACCCAUGUUGGCAUGGGCUACCCUCUCAUCCCUGGUCAAUACGACCCUUUUCAAGGCUUGACCUCCGCCGCCCUAGUUGCCUCUCAGCAGGUGGCUGCCCAGGCAUCUGCUUCUGGAAUGUUUCCUGCACAGAGAAGAGAAUAACAGAAUCGGAAGUGUCCGGUGUCAUGUGACUGGAUCACAUGGGGAAGCGCUUUAUAUAGACAUCAGUUCCAUGGUGUUAAUUUGAAAUGCCUUAAUGGCAGGCAAAAACCAGUCAUUUCAUUUUUGUAAAUUACAGAUUUUAUCACAGAGUAACAAAUGUUGCUGUAAUUAAACUUCUGUUUUAUAUAUAUGUAUAUAUAUACGUAUACAUAUCUGUAUAUAUACACAUAUAUAUAUAUAUACAUAUAAAUAUAUUCUUUACUUUUUUGUAACAGUAACCAGGCUCGCACACACAGGGUCUGCUGCCAAGUUGCAAACCACUCAGUAAAGGAAAUUAAAAGAGAAAAAAAAUGUAUUUGUCAUGUUGAAAGUGUUAGCCACAACAGGCUGCCUACACUCUUUUCCUUUUAAAUUGUAAAUAAAUAAUGUUCUGUAUCAGUGUGCCUGAACCUUGCAUAUCCUUCAUCUCUCUCCCAUAAAACCCCUCAGAAAGGCCAACUGUGAUGAUGACACUUGGUACAAUUUAGAUGUCUAAUUGGUGGCUCCUCUUAAAGAUGCAUCAGUGUAAAAAUGUUCCCGUGGUCACUCUUUGUACUUGUUUAUUGUGGAAAUAAAUACUUUUUGGAAGGCAUGGGGUUGCCAGAACCACAAAAACUGUGUUGUAUAUAUAAUGUAAAAAUUAAGAUAGGGAAAUAAUGAGCAUCUGUGAAUAAUGAGGUGUCAGUUUUUGAUAAUCUUGAAUGGCAGAUAACCCAAUAGCCUGCAUACCAGAGACAUCUGCGAUCGCUCUCUUACUUGAAUAGCCCUUCGGUCUCUUUUUUUUUUUCUUUAAUGUUUACAGUUAUACAAUUUUAGAGGAGAAGGAUUUUAACGCCAUUGCCUGGUUACUUGUUUUAUGCUGUAAUCUAGUUUAUUUUAUGUAAAAUGUAUAUUGAAUGCUUUCCUUUUUAUACCUGCCUUAAAUAAUUUGGCAAUCAGAAUUAAAAAGGUUUUGUUUUUUUUUUUUUAA